UUAAGCUGCCCCCCAACACCAAAAGUUUGAUUCUCACAACAAAACAGCAACAACAACACACCUACCGCACCUCAUCGCAUUCUUCACAUCUCAGACCGCCUUCUUCACACCACCAUCUCACCAUGGCCUCCUUUUAUUCUUCUUCCAGGCCUUCCCUGAAGUCCGCCCAAGACAUCCCCAAUAUCCAAACCCUCUACUCCACCAACCGCCUCUCGCCACCCCAGCUCCCAUUCCCAUACAACCCCCCUCGGGAGAUCACGCCCAACGAAAAGCUCAACGCCCGUGUCUGUCUCAUCCGCGCAGACCUCACCACCCUCCCCGUCGACGCCAUCGUCAACGCCGCAAAGUCCUCCCUCCGCGGUGGCGGCGGCGUCGACGGCGCCAUCCACGCCGCCGCUGGCCCCAAGCUCGUACGGGAGUGCAUCGACAAGUAUCCGGGCGGCUGCCAGACUGGCCAGGCCGUCAUCACCGGCGGACACAACCUCCCCGCCAAGCACGUCAUCCACACAGUUGGCCCCGUCUUCCACAGCGAGAGGGUGAGUCGACCGCUCCUGCAGAGCUGCUAUCUACAGAGCCUCAAGGUCGCCGAGGAGAACGGCUGCUCCAGUAUCGCCUUCAGCGCAGUUAGCACUGGCAUAUACGGGUAUCCAAGCACGCUGGCAUGUGAAGCAGCCUGCGAUGCGGUGAGACAGUAUCUUGAGCAAGACACCACGAACCAGAUCCAGCAGGUGGUGUUUGUGACGUUUAUGGACAAGGACGUAAACGCAUAUAGAAGUAUACUACCCUACUAUUUUCCUCCCGAAACCGCAAUGGGCUAGAAGAGCCACCCAGCGGGGACUAAGAAUUGGAGAGAAGAGAACGGAAGCAGAGAUCAGUGAACUUUUUAGCUGGUGUAUUUGGUUGAAUGAGGCACAGGACGAAUGAAUUUGAUUCUGAAGAGUUAUGUCACUUAGAGUCGGUUUUUUAGGUCUUUAAAAUUGAUUGCAUGAUACAUAGAGCCAUAAAUAACAACCGGUUCCCCCCUUUAAAAAAGAAAA